AAGCAAGGAAACAGACUCAGCCAUCUCCGAUUUCCAGCUCGCAGCUUUCCCCCCUCACACUGAGUCACCGUGAAUACAGGAACAAUAAAGGUUGGGUGUCAGUCCCUCACCUCGCUUCCCUCCCUCCCUCCUCCUCCUCCUCCUCCUCCUCCUUCCUCCGUGUAAUACAAACCUCGUGAUCGCCCAUUCAGCGGUGCCUGCGUCUGCUGCUGCUUUGGGGGCAAAAAAAUAAGCCAACUCGCCGAGGGGCAGGCAAGCCAAAAGUAUCUGGGAGACGGACAGGUGUCACGGAAGUUUACGCUUGCAGAGGCGCAUCCUUCCGUGUUUGCUUUUCUUUUUCUUUUUUUCCAGUAUCUGGGAUAACGUGAAAGAGACUGUAACUGGCGGUCAUCCGGCGCCCACUGAUCCUGUGGUUGUCCCAGCCUCGGCCCCCAGAGCAGCAGCGCCUCUCCUCGCCCUCCCCUCUCGGACCUGUAACUCAGCUUGGUGAGGCCAGGAACGAUGGGCCGGAAGCUGGACCUCUCGGGCCUGACGGACGACGAGGCGGAGCACGUCUUGAAAGUGGUCCAGCGGGACAUGAAGCUGAGAAAAAAGGAGGAGGAGAGGCUGAGUGAGAUGAAGCAGGAGCUGGCGGAGGAAGGCAGCAGAUGCUCCAUCCUCUCCAAGCAGCACCGCUUCAACGAGCACUGCUGUAUCCGCUGCUGCGCGCCCUUCACCUUCCUGCUCAACCCCAAGCGCCUGUGUCUGGACUGCCAGUACAACGUCUGCAAGACCUGCUGCAUCUACAGCAAGAGGGACAAAGCCUGGCUCUGCUCUGCAUGCCAGAAGGGCAGGAUUUUAAGAACACAGUCACUGGAGUGGUAUUAUAACAACGUGAAAAGUCGCUUCAAGAGGUUCGGCAGCGCCAAAGUUUUGAAGACUCUGUACAGGAAGCACAUCAUAGAGAGAGGAGCGCUCUCUGAUCUCCCAGAAAGCAGUGUUCACGAGGAAAGCACCGGGAACGACAACGAUGGCAGCGUCUGUGGCAGUGACUCCGCUUUCUACAAACAGAGCGAAGGACACAGUAUGGCAGAGACGCUCACAGUCGCCCUGCGUGUUGCUGAGGAGGCUAUAGAGGAGGCCAUCGCCAAGGCGGAGGAGUUCAGUGACAGCUUGGAGAAGCAGAAUGAGGCUCGGUAUCUGCGGGACCACAAAGAGGAGCUCAUAGAGGAACUUGCUACAACCAUUGUACAAAAAAUCAUCCAGAGGAGGAAGCGUUCAGAGAUGCAGACAGAGUAUGACUUUGUCUGGCCUCAGCCUCAGUCCCUGAUCCAGCCCAGUGAGCUCCCCUCUCCGUCUCAGCCUCAAGCUUCUUCACAAGGACCACAGGACCCCCUCAAGACCCCCUACUCCCUCUGGCGCUCACGGUCCGCGUUCUCCCUCACCAGCGACGACUCCCCAGAGAAGGGUCCAGAGGAGGAGGGUGCCGGAGCUGGCGGAGGCUUGCAAGACUACGCUUCUCUGAAGAGGGAGGGCAAGGCCACGUCUCUGCCCAGCUGGAAGAGCGUCGACCGUCUGGACAACUCCAGUGCGUCCUCAGUGCUCCAGAGCCCAGACGGUAACUGGAUCGCCCUGCACAGCUCACAGCUGUCUCGGCCCAGCCUGCUAACCAAGAGGAAGAGCCUGGUGUUCAGCGUGCUGGAAAAAGAGUCCGGCGUCGUCUCAGCGUACGACGAGAUGGGAUCCGACUCUGAGCAGGACGACGAAGGUGGCUGGGGGGCAGCGUUGCGACAGUUCCGGCGCAAACUGUCCGAUGAGACUUACUACACGGACUCACAGCACGACCCGGAGUGGACGUACACCCAACACCUCCCCAUCACCUCACCGUCCUCUGGCCAGUACACCAACACAGAGACUCUGAACUCAGACUCAGAGGCUUCAUCGGUUCUGUCCGCAUGUCCUCGCAAACCUCCUCACAACCUGCUGAGGAAGAAAGGGCCGCCGGACACACACCUGCACCCUCAUCACCAGUCGCUCUACCACCAACACCUUCACCAGAACUUAUCUCCGUAUCCUCUUCACUCGGAGGCCCUGGAUGUGAACUUUAACCCUAAGGUGAUGGGGGACAGCAGCGAGGCCGAGGAGAGGCAGAGCGACCCGGUCAGAAGGUCACGACGCCGCAGGAAAAGCAAGCGAGAGUCGUCAACGGAGCAGAGCAGGACUGCAGGCCAGAGCCACGCUCAGUCCAUCUACCCGUUAGCACAGGAGAACAGUGGUUUUCUACUCAAUGCCCUUCUGAAGAGGGGCUUAAGUGAGGAACAGUCAGCACCUGACACUGUGCCAGUGGCCACAGCUGCACCAGACGCCUUCAAGUUGGAUGCCAUGACACCCGAGCCGGAGGACUUGGACACAGUGGCCCCAAAUUCAGUAGUCCCCAGCCCUCCACAGCACCACCCUCUGGCUCCGGGGGCCCUGCACUCCUCCAGCAGCUCAGCGCCCGGAGACCCUCUGGAAGCAGAACUGCGAUCCAGACUCAGUCAGCUGGUCAGCCGAGCCAACAGCAGAGACAGCAGCUCCUCCGAAGAGGAGUGCACGAAGCGGCCUGCGGACAAACAGACGGGCAAAGAAAGCGACAGACAGAGAGAGAAGACGAGGCCAAAAGACACAGAAAGAGAAAGGCAGAAGUCAAGUGACAGACUGAGAGACAGGACGAGCAUUAAGGAAAGAGAGAGAGCAUGUGAAACAGUGGAACAAGUGAAUGGACAAGACAUGAAAAGGAGCGAGAGACUAAUAAAGAGUCAGUCGGUGAGAGAGGAGGGAAGAGUCAGGGAGAGGAGGUUAGAGAAAGGAGUCGGAAGUUUGGAGGGGGCAGCGGACGACCAGGAGCAAAAGAGAGGAGAUAAAAGAGAGAACAGACAAAGUAAGAGACAACAUAAAAGAGAUGCAGAGAAGCAAGGAGAGCAGAAAGGAGGAGCGAGGAGGAGUGGCUCCAGUGCAAGUUCACCUGCGAUUACACCUUCUUCCCAGGAGGGGGUGCUGUCAGACAACCAGCAGAAGUACUCGGCGGCCUCUCUCUGCAGCAUCACCACAGAGGUGCUGAAGGUCUUGAACGCUACAGAGGAGCUGAUCGGUGAGGCAGGAGGUGAGAGCUACACCCCCUCUGAGUCCAUGAGUGCGUCUCCCAUCUCCAGCAGCUCCGAGACCCGCAGGCUGGACCAGAAGCUGACCAGGAUGGAGGAGAAUGUGUACCUGACUGCUGGUGCAGUGUAUGGGCUUGAGGGGACACUGGGCGACCUGGAGCAGUGUGCCCGCAGUAUUAGCAGCGGCACCACAGACACAGAGCUGGCCUUCCUGGAGGACCAGGUGGCCACAGCGGCUGCUCAGGUUCAACAGUCUGAACUGCAGGUAUCAAACAUUGAGGCCAGGAUAUCAGCUCUGAAAACAGCUGGGUUGAAUGUGGCUGUCUGCCAUCGCUUCUCCAAGUUUAAGCCAAAGGCAAAGGUACCUCACUUUGCUAAGCUGCUUUCACUUGAGAAACUAAAGCCUCAAACCCUGGACUCAUCACGCCAUCAAAGGAGGAAGCUUCCAGCCCCUCCACUGAAAGAAAAGUUGGAGCCAGAGCAACAGGUGAAAGUGUUUCGGCCGUAGUGACAGCAGCACAACGAGUCCCUCAGGGCCAGUUCAGAGCCCCAGGGACAGGGGCCCCUCUCAUCCAGUGCCUUGACCCAGUGUCCACCUCCAGCUACAGGCCAAGCAGGGGCCAACGCCUGCCCUGUGUGACCCCCCAAGCACUCAGCCCUCAGCCAGGCAUGGUACUGCGUCAUUCAAAUUCCUCUUUUUCGGCUUUAUCCUCCAUUUUCUCCUCCUCAGCGUGCACAUAACAUCGAGCGAGGAUGACUCGACAGUCUGUGUCUCUGCCUUAAAAAUCUGCAAACACUCCUCAACUAAAAAAGAAUAUCUGUACAGACAAAUAAUGACUCCCAUUUCUUUUUUUUUCUAUCUGUUUGCAAGAGUAUUGUGAUUUACUGUACAAUGAAGACGUGGAAUAAUCAUGUGAUACUUUGUGUGAAUCAGUAUCCCAAAAAGAGGCUGAGCUGUGUUUUAUACUGCAUCUUCCUUUUCACCAAAUGAAGAGUCAUGAGGAAUCUUGUCAUACUGCAAGCCCCUCCAAUGCUUUUUUUGGAUGAUUGUCAUUUUUCACAGCUAUGAGAUGGUAAUUCUCAUUUGGGGAAUGAUUGUAACACCUUUGACAUUUUAACCGUUUUAAAACAUUCAUGCACUAUAAAAUAGUGUUUAGAUGUGAAAAGUAUCAGGACCAAAACUUUUCUGACCUUCCUUCCUGCCACCAAGAUUUCUAGUUGGCAGUAAUGGAACACAAAGCACACAAAUUUGUCAGUCUUAGUAUGAAAUAGUUAAAGGGAUAGUUUGAUAUUUGACUUUAUUACCAAGAGUUGCAGGAGAGAAUUGAUACCACUCUCACCUUACACUGAAUAUGUAGUCAGUUAGCUUAGCUUAGUAUAAAGAAUAAAAAUAGGGGAAAUACAGGGAAACGACUGACUGUAAAAUCAAAAUUGACGGUAAGACAGCUUCCCAAAAGUAAAGCCAAAACAUCUUGAUUGCCCCCUGGUGGCUGGCUGCAGUAUAGGUCAUAAACCCCAACUCCUCCCCAUUAGCAGAGUAGGUGUCAAAUAAAUUUUUCCCACACAUG